AUGGAGAAAUAUGAGAAACUAGCCAAAAUUGGAGAAGGUUCUUAUGGCGUGGUGUUUAAGUGUAGAAACAGAGACACGGACCAAAUCGUCGCCGUCAAGAAGUUUGUGGAAUCGGAAGACGAUCCCAUUAUCAAGAAGAUUGCGCUGAGGGAAAUACGCAUGCUGAAGCAGCUGAAACACGUCAAUCUAGUCAACCUGCUGGAGGUGUUCCGCAGGAAACGCCGCCUCCACCUGGUCUUCGAGUUCUGCGAGCAGACGGUCCUCAACGAGCUUGAAAAACACCCUCGAGGGGUUCCCGAGGCUAAGCUGAAGAGCAUCGUGUGGCAGACGCUACAAGCGGUCAACUUCUGCCACAAGCACAACUGCAUCCACCGCGACGUGAAGCCAGAGAAUAUCCUCCUCACCAAGACUGGAGUCAUCAAGUUGUGCGACUUUGGGUUCGCUCGCAUUCUGACUGGACCAGAGGACGACUACACAGACUAUGUGGCGACCCGCUGGUAUCGGGCUCCAGAGCUGUUGGUCGGGGACACUCAGUAUGGACCUGCCGUGGAUGUAUGGGCGCUGGGAUGCGUCUUUGCCGAGCUGCUCAGCGGGAGUCCGCUCUGGCCCGGGAAGUCCGACGUGGACCAGCUCUACCUCAUCCGGAAAACUCUCGGAGACCUCAUCCCUCGACACCAGCAGGUGUUCCGGUCUAAUGUUUUCUUCAGUGGAGUCAGUAUUCCUGAACCUGACACCACGGAAACUCUUGAAAAGCGAUUCGCUGGUGCAUCAUCCCAGGCUCUCCAAGUCAUGAAGUCGUGCCUGGCGAUGGAUCCCUCACUCAGGCUGUCAUGCGAGGAGCUACUGGUGCUGCCCUACAUCCCCGAGGACGGUGCUGCCGGCUGGCCCCGCGAGGGGGAAAAUCGUCCCGGGAGACGCCACGACAAAGGCCCCCGCCGCAGACAGACAGGGGCUCAAUACCUGCCACAGUUAACAAACAGCAACAUGUCACCUGCGCCGGACGGCAAGAAGCCGGCCAAGCACAAGUAUCACCUGCCCAACAUUUAG